AAUCCCAGACUAAAGUUUAUAAACUAAUGCUUUGAAUUCUCAGUUCCGCAGGUUUGAAAUUUACUUUUAUGUGACGAAGUUUUAGAAAGAAGCACCAUGGCAACAGAAAUAAAGAUUGUAAUUUGGACUAUUCUAUUAGCAAUGCAAUGCAUUAAUUCCUGCAAAAGCCAAACACUUUAUUCCGACAAGACCACGUGUUCUGAAGCAGAUGAAAUAAAGUCUUUAAAAGAUCAAACAGCAUUUUUGAAGCAGCUCGUCAGCAAUCAGGCUAUUGAAAUGGAGAUGCUUAAGAAAGAAUUAAACUCAGUCAAGGAAGCAAUGUCCACAUUGAUGCCUGACCACGUUGCCUUCCAUGUGGUAGCUUCUAGUAAUUCCAGUCCAGGUGUGGUCAUUUUCGAUCACGUGAUCUCAAAUAUUGGAAGCGGGUACGACAUUACCUCUGGGAUUUUUACUGUACCAACAACAGGCUUCUAUAUAUUUUCUUGGAGCAUAGAGACUUACGGACAGUUGACUGAGGCUGCUCUUUUAGUAAACGGAUUAGAAAUGGGAAUAUCGAAGUCUGAUGAAGCCCCAUCCUACUACGACACAACUAUUUCCUUCGCUGUCCUUAGCCUUACCAGAAAGGACAAAGUCUGGGUCAGAGUCAAAAGCGGUCGAGCUGAAGCGAUGCAUACCAUGUUUUCUGGCUGGAUGAUCAAUAAAAGCGAUAGUACAGCAUUUUAUGCUUUCCUUUCGCGUGAUGUGAGCGGUUCUCGAAUUAUCUUUAACAACGAAACGCUAGACACGCAUGAUGCUUACUCCACGUAUACCGGGACGUUUGUGGCACCUCGUUCUGGUCUGUACGUUUUUAUGAUGUCAGGACUUAUCUAUGGAAGUUACGAAUUCAGUUGCAAGUUUGUAUUCAGUAACGGUAAUUCUCAGCCAGAAGUUUGGGUAGACUCGACCAACGGUAGGUACGAUAGCAGUAGUUACAUGACAUUUGCCUGGAUGAACUCUGGCGACUACGUGUAUAUCGGCGCCCAGAGGAUGAAUGCCACGUCCAUGUUUGCAGGAUGGCUGCUGAUGGAUGAUACAAACGUGUCAAAAUCAAAUUUUCCAGCUUUUCUCGCUCAUAUCAGUGGUGACAGGUUCAGUAAUCCAGUCGUUUAUGAUACAGCUCACGGUGGUUAUCACCAUGGGUACUCAACAAGCACCGGAGUAUUCACUGCUGAUCGUGAUGGGCUUUAUUUGUUUCUGUAUAAUACUGAAGGUUUUAACGAGGUUGUACGUACUGCGCUGAGAGUAAACGGACUGGAAAUUUUCGAAACGAGGUCGGACGGACGUCGUACUGAAUAUGACCAUACCUGUGCUGUCACUGUUCUUAAGUUAUCUUUAAACGAUCGUGUCUCUAUAGGAGUAAAAUCUGGGACAGUUGAUGGUGGGCAGUCGCUGUUUUUUGGCAUACUUCUUUUUGAAAACUGAUUUUUGGGUAUUGAUUUUAUUUGAUAUUGAUUUUCUAUGAUUUAAGAUGGAAACAUAAUUUCAUGAAGCUUAUAUAAGUCAUUCCAUAUCUUUAAUUAUAUGCAUAUAUUAUUAUUUCAAUCAUUUGAGAGGAAUCUCCCUGAUUUGGUUUUUUCUUGUGACAUCCCUGUCCUGAAAAAUAAUAGUCAUAUGAAUAAUGAAUUUGAACAACUGAAAUAAGAGGCCAAUGGUCCACAACAUUCACAUUAUGACUCUGUACAAUUUCUGAGAAAGUUUUCAUAUUAAAAUGACUAUAUACUCUCACCAUUCUUUAAUCUUUACGACGGCAACACCGCUGAUGACCUCACAUAGAAAAGAUUUCCGUCAGAAAAAUAGUUCUAACUAGCAUCAGAAAAAAGUUUUAAUGAGCCAUUGGAUUAGGUGAGCUAAUAGUCAUUUAUAUAUUUGGAGUGUUUCAAGGUCAUUUGAUACUAAACUAAAGAUAGAGAAAGUAUAAUGUAUUCACAAAAUAUAAUGACGUGUCCCUCCACAAAUACUCACUGAAUAAAAAAUACAAGCCCUUUGCUUCAUUCACAUAAUACCAGGUCUUAGGAUCACGAUACAUCUUAAGCUUAAGUCAAAAUAUUCCUGUUGUACUAGAAUGUUGAUUAAGUCAAGAAGACAACAAUCAAAAUAUUUUUUUUUAUUACUUCUCUACAAAAGUGUUGAUAUCUGCCAAAUUAGAGAUUCAUUCAAUGAUUAAUAAAUAUUUUACAGGUGAUUAACAAUUGUCUGUUUAAUUAUCUCAGGACCUGGACUUACACAACAUUUAGAAUUAAACAGUGUUUAUUGUAUGGUAUGUAUUGGCCAUAGUGGUUAGAAACAGUGUAAACACAAACAUAUAACUUGUUUUCAGUCGACAAUCAACAAAGGCGUAUCAUGUACAACAUUUUAUUUGUUUGGAUUGAUCGCAGUCAUGCUGUCGACACAUCAACAUCAUUCAAUUCUUCACAUUAAAUUCUUCACAAAACAUACCUAAUCAUCCUUUAGUCGUCUUUUGGUUACAACAGUUAAAUAAUAAUGGAUGUUGCUGCAAUACGAGUGAUGCUCGAGAUGUAUAUAAACAGGGGCAGAUUUCCUCAUUGCACCACAUGCUGAUAAAUGCAAGGAAUUAUCAAUAAUGUAAACUACUAAAUUUUGACUUUUUACAAGACAUGAAAUCCCAGUUGACACAAAAAAGUUUAGGUUCUUCAGGAGGAUUUAAGCUUAUAAUUGAUGUCUAUUUAGGUUGAAUUGUCUGCAAACAUAUGCACUGAAAAAAAGAGUGGCAAUAUUGGGUAAAUGACAACUUUGUCUACCAAUAAAGUCAGGGGGCAAACAUUGCGUGCUUGUACCUUGGCAGUUUCUGCAUGCCACCUUUCUUGCUCAUUGUUAUGUUAUUUUUGGGGAUACUUUAUUAUUAAUUUGUAUAUUCUAAAUGUAAUUUGAGAUAUUGGGAAGAUCAACUAAUGUUUUGUAUUUAC